AUGGAUUCUGCGCGCGUGGAUGAGUUUAGGGCCACCCUACCCGAGUAUGGCAUUACACACAAGAACGUCAUCAAGUGCAACAUGCAUCACGAUGGUCCGGAUCUGUCGCUGGCCAAACACCAUGUCAUGACACUGGUGAAGACCAAGCACAGCCACUACGGUGCCCAGGUCACUCUUGAAAUGAAAAAUGCGCUGGCUACAUGGAUUGAUGACGACCCCAAGCACAACCCCAAGACGUUGUUCAAGAUGCUCAAGGCGUCCAUUGGUCAAGAAAGAUUCGGUGGCAUGCCAUGUCCCAAUUUGAAGCAAGUGCAGUAUGCAGUGCACUACAUGCGGCCCAAAGACCUUUUGCACAAGAGCACUGUUCCUGCAGCGAUUGAAGAACUCAUGAAGUGGAGACUCACCGACAACGUCGAAGACCAGGUUGCGCACAAACCAUUUGUGUUUGGUGUCGAGGAGGAAGCUGGUCGCUUCGAGCUUGCGACGGUGACAACCCAACGAAGACCGUCAUAUGUCACGACAUUUUCUAAGAACGUGUUGGGCUACCCUAUGUUUGUAUUUGGAUACUCCGACAUGGUGGGCUCAUUUCACCUUCUGUGCGUAUGCAUCACGUCGCAGCGGACCCACGCCGACGUCGCGUGGCUACUGCGGUCACUCAAGGAGAAGUUCACAAGUCUCCUGAAUUAUGCAUGGGGGCCGACAAGACUUAUGGGUGACGAAGACAAGGCACAAUUCUUAGGAAUCACCAACGCACUUCAACCUGAGCUGCCUCUUCUCGAGUACCUUAUGUGUUUUUUUCACGUCCUCAAAAAUUGCUACGACAAACGCCAAGGCAUGACAAGCGAGGAGUGGACAAGUGUCACCUUUGACAUUUACCUGUUGCACAUGUCCACAAGUGAAGCCGAUUUGGUCAACAACAUGGACACAGCGCACGCAAAUUGGGAAGGCAACCGCACCCUACGAAAGUUCCGAACCUACUUUUUCAACACAUGGCUGCCGUACGACGCCGUGUAUUCAACAAACCGUGGGCCGCGGUUUUGGAAGUGGCAAGUGUUUCAUAGCCAUAGGGGGUGCUCGUACACCAACAACCCCAAUGAACAUUUCAACCGCAAACUCAAAGAUGCAAUCGGUCGUGUCAAGAAGCAUGUCCCACACCUUGUUCAAGAAGUGGCGAAACUGCGAAUGAAGAAAUAUUUCAAGCGCGUACGCCCUGUGACAUGGCGUGUGCUUCACCUCCCUGAAGAAAUUGCCGAAGGCGAGCAGGAUGAAGACAUCCCACGACGUGCGUGGCACUACAACUCAGUGUCGCGAAACGUUCAGCGUCUUGAGUCCCACAACCAACCUGAUAUUGGAUGGCUUGUCCAACAAGUUCCGGCUCCAGUCCUGCUGCAGUGUCAGUGCCUCCACUGGACCCGCGACGGCAUCUGCUCCCAUGCCAUCAUGGUAGCGACCCAGACUGGCAUGGUGUUGCCUGGCAUGGAGCGUGGCGCACAGAAUCUGGUGAGCCGAAUUCGUCGGGGAAAUGCUGAAGCCAACGUGUUUCCUUUGCGUGGAGACCGCAACAUGCAAAACUAA